GCUCUGUUUGGGAAACUCAUCUCUUUAAAACCAUCCCUUUUCUGUUCUCUCCUCGACGACUGAGAGAAUCGACAUCGCCUGCAAGAGUUGGGAGAUUCAAAUGUGGGUGAGUAACGCCAUCGCAUUCGCUCCUGGAGGACAUUGCCUGCAAAUUAGUAACGCCAUUGUUCCAAAACCUCCAUUUCCUCUUAGAAUUGUACAGUAGUUGAAAUUCGAAUCUGAGCGGCGAAUCGUAUCUCCUUCUGCUUUUCAAAACUCGAUCUAAUCUGAGCGAAGACUCUAAUUCCUCUCGUCAUACUUCUGCUUAGAGUUUAGAUCUUUGUUUCCAGCGAGCGGCUUGUAUCACAUGUCCUUUUGGGUUAUUAUACUUCAGAUUCGAUGAUUACUUCACUUUAUCGUCUUCAUAUGCAUGUUUCUACUUUGCCUGGAUCGAUUUGUCAUACGGCGAGUCAUUAUUGUAUGGACGUCUUCGUAGGUAUGUAUGUAUCCUCUGUAAUUGGCUUCCCCUUAGGGAUAAGGACGAAGUCUUAUAUCCGAAAUUAACCUUAUGGCCUCCACCACCGCGAGAGAUCCAAUUAGUUGUCAUUGGUCCAUGUAUAAUUAGAGUGAAUAGAUGAUUUUGUGUUUUCGCUAAUAUAUAAUGAUGAGAGAGCUGCAGGUAGUAGGUUGAGAUUUUUAGGGCAUUUUGUUGUUGUCUGCGGGUUCCAGGUUUUUUGUAUGGAUAGGACUGCUCUUACUUUGUUUAUCAUUUGGGACCAGAGUGGGCUGCUGCUGCUUUAGGGUGUUUAUGUUUUACUGCUGCAGUUGUUCUAAACCAUGAAUGAUGUGCAGACUUGUUUUCUAUGAUCAGUGAGGAUAGUAUUCUGAACUCAUGGUUGAGUAUCCCAGCCGAAGUCUAACACCCAGAGCUGGACAGGAACAUGCAGCUGAGUAUGCUAAUUCAUAUGCUAGGCAGUACAAGAGAAACAAGACAUGACAUAAUUCUAGGAAAGGUAUGAUUUGAACGAGAUUUUGUGACUGUAAGAUUGAACUUGGUUUGGUUGCUUGGUUUAUCUUCCAAAUCGAUAGCAGAAGCUCUUUUAGAGAAGAAUGGUACUUACAAUUGUUUGCUUGCUAAUAGUUUAAUCUCAAUCUCAAGCUGCCGAAUUGAAUGUGACUCCAACAGUGGAGGUUCCACUUACUGAUGGACCUCUGGGAGAUGAUGAAUAUGAGAAGCAUUUGGAGGAAGCACUUUCUGCCUCUGAAAUUGGUCUUACAGGUGAAGUUUUGCAAUUAAAUAUCCAUUUCAUUGACUUGGUUCAGUGACACAGCUAAGGUAUGGUAUCGAUGAUUUCGAGUUUGAUUAUUUUUCGAAAUAGAAUUUGCAGCAAGUUGCCAGACUUAACUUGAUGGUUGUGUGUUUGAUUUAGGGGUUUGAGAAAAUAGUAGGUUAAUUUUGCUGGUUAAAAUGUAGACAAUUUUUCUACAAGUUUCGUUGCCUUUAUAUAGUUUAAGUUACUAAUUUUGUUACUUCUUUCAUUUGAAGCGUAUUGUUGUUGCCAACACACAGAACCGAUUGCUUAAGAGUGUUUAGUUUCUGAAUCUUGGCUUCUAUUUAUUUGGCUAUAUUAUGAUUGAUGGGAUAUGUUAUGUGUUUGCAGUCUAUAAUUAAGAAGAGGUACGGUCAGGAUGCAACUAAUGUUGGUGAUAAGGGUAGCUUUGCACCUAACAUUCAGGCAUAGCUUGUUCACUGGAGUUUCCAGAUUAUAUGUAGUUUCAUUCUCGCGAUUAGUUGGUUAAUGUGUAAUUGAAAAAUUUGUUAUCUCAUGAAAAACAAGGAAGGUCUUGAAUUGCUUAAGACUGCUAUUGCCAAAGCUGGUUAUUCAGGCAAGUAAGUUUGCUCUUUGCCUCUCAAUUUAAUAGCCUCCUCUUGGGCAAUUGAUAGACCGUUAAUUACACAUGUUUUUACCCCUGUUCUUACACCGUUUGAGAUGUGAUUUCUCGUGUUUUAGGCCGAUUUCACGCUAGGUUGUGCUUGUUUGUGAUAUUUCAGGUCCUAGUGCGUGAAUGGAGGCUUGGGAGCGAGUUUGGGGUCGAUUGGACGAAGAUCGGGCGCGAGGCAAGUCAAAAAGGAGGCCACACGGGCACACCCACAAAUCACACGGCCGUGCAACUCAUAUUUCUGGCCGUGUGAGAUUGUGCGAGAGCAAACACGACCUGCCCUGAUAAUCCACACGGCCGUGUGAAGGAGUGGUCUGGCCGUGUGACAUUCGCCGAGAGCAAACACGGGCAGAUGGAAGUCACACACGGCCGUGCGACCCUGGCCGUGUGGGAAGCCUGAAGAUCGAAUUAAGUGGAACGCAGCGUUUUGACUCACACGGGCAACUGGGUAUGCCACACGGUCGUGUGGCCCUGCCCGUGUGAGUCGGGAUUUCCUGGUUUUAACCCAAUUCCGGGCUGCAAGAGAGAAAAGCGGACUUUUUGAGCAAAAACAGAGCCCUAGAGAGAGAAAGGACGAAGAACACAUCCUAGAAGCCAUCUUGAAGCUGGGUUUCAUCGAAUCAAGCUUGGAGAUCGUCAUAGGAGUGGAAAUCAUCAUCCCAGAGCAGAUUUUCCUCAUCUUUAUGAGUAUGACUACUUUGUAUCUUGUUUUCCUCUCUCUCUCUCUAUGGAGUAGAACCUCUCUCUCACUUGGGGAUGAAGAACCCUAGUUCUAUGUGUUAGGGAUUGAUUGUAAUGACUUGGGAUGAUAUUACUGUUUGAUUUUAAUCGAAUGAUGCAUGUUUAUUGAGUCAAUUGAAGUCUGAUCAACUUUUCUUGAUUCCUGCUGCAAUCUGAGAUAGAUAGAAUCUGAUUAGGUUGCUAGAGUCUCAUCAUUCGAUAGUAGGAGAUUGACUAUACGAGAGUUAGCCAGUUUACUGCUUUGUACUGGAAUCCAAUUCCAGUAGUGGAGUUCUGUUCUUACUGCUUCAGCUUUCUAUCCGGGUGAAGACUAGUCGUCUGCCGGGUAGUUAGACUGAGAGGGCUUGGUCAGCUUAAGAGAUUCCAAGCUACUGUCGGAUCUUCCGCAGUCUAAUCAACAGUAAAUCAACCCAGGGAAAUACAAUUGAAACCUAACUAAGGAGCUAGGGGGAUUCAUUCCCGAGUGACUCUUUCCUGCUUGAGAAAACCCAAUAAUUUCCUGCUUUAUUUCUGUUUUUGCUUUUAAACAACAAUCACUUACUUUAGUUGGCUAGAUAACAGAAAUCACUGAGUAAGCAGUAGAUCUAGACCCUGGGUUGAUAAUAUAACUUGCCUGUUACUGCAUUCCCGGUCUGCGAUUACACUUGGUCGCAGAUUGGUGUUGUGUUUUGGUGUGUCAGCGAUCGUUUUUGAAUAUCAAUUCAAUAGCAUCGAUUAGGUUGUUAUUGGAAUAAAUGUUGCUGCAUCUGAGUUUUACACCUCAGACUAGAAGUAAGACCUGAACUUUAAGGAAGAGGUAUGGUUCUUCCGAGAUGGUCACUACUCCUCCGAGGAUUUACCCAAUGUGGGGUUUUGGAAGCGUGAGAAGAAAGAACUGUUUCUCUUGAGAGAAUCCAUGUAAAAAGGAAGGGAAAAAGAAAACAUCAUUAUGGUGAUGAUGUUUUUUUGGUUUGAAUUUGAUUCCUUAGUUGAAAUUAUUAGCUUGGAGUUUGCUCUUUUUUUUUUUUACUGAGGGCUUGGAGCUUUGAAUGGUUGGUUGUUUUGGUUGGUUGUUUGUUCCCUUGAGCUUUGAUUGUAAGCAGUCUUGUUGAGAAAGAAAAUUUAUGGUUCGGUUUCCCUCCUUAGGUUCAAUUGGUUAUUUUGUUGACUGGUUUGUUUCCCUUGAGCCUACUCAAUUAGUUGCUUCAGUCUUUGACAUAUUAACAGGUAGCUACUGCUAGGUUGUUGCUGUGGUUUCUUGAGAUGCCACUUGGUAGUCAACAGUUGAUGGUUAUGGAUCUUGUUUUGUUCACUCAGUUUGUACUAUGGUGCAGCUAUUUCGAACAGGGGUCAGAAGAAUUUAAAGGAGCUGGGUGAUCAUGUCAACGGCAGCAGUUAGGAAUCUCUCAAGCCAAAAGUGAUUUCUUUGACUGAUUUUAGUUUCUCAUUUUUUCUAUUUUUGUAUUUUUUUAAUCAAUUAGUACUGCUAUGAACUAAUGUAAGUUGGUAUUGCUUGGAAAUAAAAUGUGACCAUUAUGGGCUAAAUUAGUUGCAUUACGAUUAUGCUAUCAUAACCAAAUCAGUAGCCCUCUCAACUAAUAUAUAUAUGUAACCAAAUUAGUAAUAAUAUUUAGAACAUUUUAUAACAAAAAAUGCUUACGUUUAGAACGUAUGGUUACCAUAAAACAUUGGUUGGAAAUAAUAUUUAUGACCAAUGAAAAUAGUUAUUUUUGAACAAAUAGAUUGGUUACAUUUUAUACUUUAUACAAACAAAAUUACUAUUCAUAUUUGGAUUAUCUAGGGACCAUAAAAUAUUGGUAAGGAUAAGAGUUUCAUAACCAAAAAUUUUGGUUACUUAAUGAUAAUUACAUUAGCUAUGAAGAAUAGUUUUGUAACCAAAUUUUUUGGUUUUAAAUAAUAUCUUUUGUGACUUAAAUCAUUUGGUUGGUAAAUGAUAUAUCAUAUAUGAAUUGAUUGGUUUUCAUGUUAUUCGUGACCAAUCCGGUAUUCUUUUGUGACUAUUUUGACAGUGUUUUCUUACCAAUUGUCUUGGUUGCAAAUAAAAAACAAAUGUGACCAAUUGGGACUUUCCUCACAAAAACAUGAUAUAUUGUGACCACAUCAAAAAUUGGUAACAAAAUGGUUUUCCUAACGCGGCAAAUAUAACCAAAGCUUCUAUCAAAUUUUUUUGGUCACAACAUACGAUUCGCGACCAAAAUUUAACAUUUAGCGACCAUUUUUAGUCGUCACAAAAGGCGGUUUAUGUUGUAGUGUAAGGGGAAAAAUCUCAUAGUACACAUGUUCUUAAAAAAAUUCCCAAAAUACAUAAGUUAUAAAUUUUUUUUCCAAAACUACAAAUGUUUGGUAUUCACCUUUUUUGACAAACGCCGUGAAGACUAUCACCGCAUUUGACAAGCACGGUGAAUAAUUCACCGUUUUAAAUUAAAACGCCGAAGUAUUCACCGUUUUUCUCUAAAACGGUGAACCAAUCACCGCCUUAAAUGAAAACGGUGAAGAUAUCACUGUUUUAGUCGGAAACGAUGAAUAUAUCACCGUUUUAGGGCAAAACAGUGAAUACCUUCACCGUUCUAGGUUAAAACGGUGAGUAUUAGUCACGUUUUCAACCCCUGUUAGGUGAAAAUUAGGUAUGAGCUACCUAAUGUUCACCGUUUGAGACAAACGCGGUGAUGGUGUUCACCGUGUUUGACAAAAACGGUGAACAUUAGGCAGAUUUUCCUAUAAAUACCAGCCCACCAGCAAUUAUAAAAACAAAACCACUCCCCCCCUCUUCAAAUUUCAGCAACCAAAACUGAGCAUAAUACCCAGGCGGGGAAUUUUCGGUAUGAUUUAUUUUUCGUAUUAUAGGUUAAUGAUGGAUUUUUAGUAGUUAUAGUAUGAUUUAAUUUUCGUAUUAUAGCGUAAUGAUGUUUUUAGUAGUUAUAUUGUUAUGUUAUUAUGAAUUACUUAUCGUAGCAAUUGUAGUACUUAAUUUUUGAAUUUAUGCUGUUGUUAGUUAGUUGAAUUUAUGUUACGUUAGUUAUGAGAUGGAGUAAUAUUAGUCGUACAAUAUGAUUUUGGUUAAUUUUACUAUCUUUAAACUAAUAGUUUAACUUAUUGUAAAUUGUAGAUAUGGGUGAAUUCAAGAAGUUUCGGCUUAUUAUUCGGUGGAAUGGAAGGGUGACAAACUCUGACAUAGGGAUUGAUUAUGAGAACGGUGAAUCCACUAUGCUGAAAAUUGAGUGGCGAUUCAAUUUUCAAGAACUCCGUGAUAUUUGUGCAUGCAGGGUUUGUACGAGCGUACAGACGAGACUUGGCAAAAUUAGUUACCGGUAUCCAGACAUGAGUGCUGGCGGGGUUGUGUACCAAGAAGUUGUCAUAAACGAUGAUGACGCGGUUACGAUGAUGUUGGAGUUCCUAAGCGAUAACGAGAUGCGGCUUGCAGAGGUGUAUGUUGAGACCGAGGCGGUCGGUGAAACUCAUUCUCACCAGUAUUCUUAUGAUGAUGGUUUUGCAGGAGGGUACGGAUGGGGUGGUAGUUCGAGCAACUACGAAGGAGGUGGUUAUACAGGACGUUAUGGAGAGGGUGGUAGUUCAAUCAAAUAUGGUGGAGGUAGUAGUGCAGGAUGGGUGCCGUCGGAAGAAUACUCGCAACAGGAUCAACCUGCCGAUGGCGUUCAAUGGCCUGCUUGGGGGCCUGAGUGGGCUGAAAUCGAGAAUACCAUUCGAGCAGGGCGUACUUCACAUGAGCGAGAAGACAAUGUUGGUGAUGGUGGUCCUGUUGAUCCUUCUGGGCCGAGCUAUCCAUUUGACUCAAGCGACGAGGUUAGUGAGGAAGAUUUGAGAUCAGUGAGCGAGGAGGAAGAUACUGAUGAUAACGACGACGAGGUGACAUUUUGUGAGGCACCCACGCCAUACUACACACAGGUUCCAACUCAAUUUCUACAUAGUCAGAAUGAUGCCCCCGACUUUGUCCCUAUGCCAGUGUAUAAUCCGACGGCCGAUUUGGAGGUGGGUAUGACGUUCUCAUCGAAGGACGCUGUGCAGGAUGCCUUUACCAAAGAGGCCUAGAGGCGCAACUUCGAGUGGAAGGUAAAAUAUUCUGACAGUAAACAAUUACAUGUCAUAUGCAAGAAUGAUGCAAAGGGUUGUACGUGGCAACUGCGGGCUGCAAAUAUGAAGAGAAAGGGUGCCUGGGUGAUUCGAAAAGCCGAGACCAACCACACUUGCUCCUCUUCCAUACGUUCCCAGGAUCACACGAAACUUAAAGCAAAUAAAAUUGGGAGAACUAUUAAACACCUUAUCGAAGC